GCCGCGGGCAUGGACUAUUCCUACGACGAGGACCUGGACGAGCUGUGCCCCGUGUGCGGGGACAAGGUGUCCGGCUACCACUACGGGCUGCUCACGUGCGAGAGCUGUAAGGGCUUCUUCAAGCGCACGGUGCAGAACAACAAGCACUACACGUGUACCGAGAGCCAGAGCUGCAAGAUCGACAAGACGCAGCGCAAGCGCUGUCCCUUCUGCCGCUUCCAGAAGUGCCUGACGGUGGGGAUGCGCCUGGAAGCCGUGCGUGCUGACCGCAUGCGGGGUGGCCGGAACAAGUUUGGGCCCAUGUACAAGCGAGACCGGGCCUUGAAGCAGCAGAAGAAGGCACAGAUUCGGGCCAAUGGCUUCAAGCUGGAGACAGGCCCUCCGAUGGGGGUGCCCCCGCCGCCCCCUCCAGCACCGGACUACAUGCUGCCCCCCAGCCUGCAUGCGCCUGAGCCCAAGGCCCUGGCCUCUGGUCCACCUGCUGGGCCACUGGGCGACUUUGGGAACCCAGCAUUGCCCAUGGCUGUGCCCAGUACCCACGGGCCUCUGGCUGGCUACCUCUACCCUGCCUUCCCUGGUCGUGCUAUCAAGUCCGAGUACCCGGAGCCCUAUGCUAGCCCCCCACAGCCCGGGCUGCCCUAUGGCUACUCAGAGCCCUUCUCUGGAGGGCCCAGUGUGCCUGAGCUUAUCCUGCAGCUGCUGCAGCUGGAGCCGGACGAGGACCAGGUGCGGGCACGCAUCGUGGGCUGCCUGCAGGAACCGGUCAAAAGCCGUCCCGACCAGCCAGCGCCCUUUGGCCUCCUGUGCAGGAUGGCGGACCAGACCUUCAUCUCCAUCGUGGACUGGGCACGCAGGUGUAUGGUCUUCAAGGAGCUGGAGGUGGCCGACCAGAUGACCCUGCUGCAGAACUGCUGGAGUGAGCUGCUGGUGUUCGACCACAUCUACCGCCAGAUCCAGCACGGCAAGGAGGGCAGCAUCCUGCUGGUGACCGGGCAGGAGGUGGAGCUGACCACUGUGGCUGCUCAGGCGGGCUCCCUGCUGCACAACCUGGUGCUGCGGGCGCAGGAGCUGGUGCUGCAGCUGCACGCACUGCAGCUGGACCGCCAGGAGUUUGUCUGCCUCAAGUUCCUCAUCCUCUUCAGCCUCGAUGUGAAGUUUCUGAAUAAUCACAGCCUAGUGAAGGACGCUCAGGAGAAGGCCAACGCCGCCCUGCUCGAUUACACCCUGUGCCACUACCCGCACUGCGGGGACAAGUUCCAGCAGCUGCUGCUGUGCCUGGUGGAGGUGCGGGCCCUGAGCAUGCAGGCCAAGGAGUACCUGUACCACAAGCACCUGGGCAACGAGAUGCCCCGCAACAACCUGCUCAUCGAGAUGCUACAAGCCAAGCAGACUUGAGCCUGGGCCAGCUGGGCAGGGCCAGGGCCGGCGGGGCACAGUCACCUCCCAGCCCUCUAGAUGGUUUAUUUGAUUGCCAACCCAGGAGCCCCCUCCUGUAGGCCCCUGCCCCUGAGCUCCGAUGUGGUGUGUUUGGGAAGGUGGGUAAGGUCAGCUGGGCCUGGCUGAGGUGGGGUGGCUCAGCCACUGGCACUUGCCUGCUUCUCAGAGUGCCCCCAGGAGGCGGCUGCUGAGCCCCCUCUUCUGUCCCCCUGCUCUCAGCUGUCUGUCCUGGAGCCUGAAGCAAAGUCUGGGAGGAGGUUUGGGAUUUCCUGGUGGGCUUUGAUGUCCCUUGGGUCAGAGAUCAUCCCUUCCCUGCUCCUGAAAACACUGACUGGGAGAAGCUGAGUGGGUGUCCACUGGGGGAGAAGGGAGGAUCCCCAGAGCUCCUCCAUGGAGACCGGAGGGAAGCCCUCUG